GACAGACAAAAUUCAGUGGUCUUUGGUCAAUCAUUAAUCAAUAGAAGUUCAUUUAGCUAUUCCAACUCUGUUUGUGACUCACAACUUCCCAACAUUUUCACUGGUGAGAGUAGGUGAUGAAGUCAAAAUGCAAUUGAUAACUUUAUGCUUUGUCUUUGUACUCUCGUUGUGUACCUUCAACGUGGUGAAAUGCCAAGAUUGUUCUCGAGAGAACUUUAUAUCACAAUUUAGUGCAGAGAAAUUGGACCUAUCCAAACUCGAAAACACUGACAGUGGAAAAACAGUGAGAUUGUCCUGCACUGUUGGGUACGUGGGCUUGUCCAGAUACACAUGCAAAAAUGGAGAAUGGAAAAAACAAUCAGGUCGGCCAUGUGAACGAAAGUCAUGUGGGCAUCCUGGAGACACACCAAAUGGAGACUUCCAUCUCACAUUUUCAGAUGAUUUUGUCUUCGGAGCUCAAGUUGAAUACCAAUGUAAAACAGGUUACCAAAUGGUGAGCAGGACGAAACAUCGAACAUGCAUGGAACAAGGGUGGGAUAAUGCAAUCCCUAUAUGUGAAGCUGUAAAAUGUCCAGUGAUUCAAGCCAAUAAGAAUGUGUUGGUAAUCGGAGACAGUGAGGAUGCAACCUUCGGUAAUGUUAUCCAGUUCGAGUGCCAAUCGAAUCAAAUGGUCCUUAAAGGACCCACUGAAAUUGAUUGCAACGAUAGAGGAGAUUGGAGCGGCACAGUCCCAACUUGUGAAGAGAUUAAAUGCUAUGUCCCAAACAUAGUUCAUGGUUUUGUGACUGGGUCUCAGGAAGAAUUCAAGGAAAAUGAUAUUCUGAGGUAUGGCUGUUCUAAAUACUACACGCCUUUUUCAAGAUCCUCUCGAUGCACUAAAAUAGGCAACAAAGCCACCUGGAGUCCACCACCAGAGUGUGAAGCUGUAAAAUGUCCAGUGAUUCAAGCCGAUAAGAAUGUGUUGGUAAUCGGAGACAGUGAGGAUGCAACCUUCGGUAAUGUUAUCCAGUUCGAGUGCCAAUCGAAUCAAAUGUUCCUUAAAGGACCCACUGAAAUUGAUUGCAACGAUAGAGGAGAAUGGAGCGGCAUAGUCCCAACUUGUGAAGAGAUUAAAUGCUAUGUCCCAAACAUAGUUCAUGGUUUUGUGACUGGGUCUCAGGAAGAAUUCAAGGAAAAUGAUAUUCUGAGGUAUGGCUGUUCUAAAAACUACACGCCUUUUUCAAGAUCCUCUCGAUGCACUAAAAUAGGCAACAAAGCCACCUGGAGUCCACCACCAGAGUGUGAAGCUGUAAAAUGUCCAGUGAUUCAAGCCGAUAAGAAUGUGUUGGUAAUCGGAGACAGUGAGGAUGCAACCUUCGGUAAUGUUAUCCAGUUCGAGUGCCAAUCGAAUCAAAUGUUCCUUAAAGGACCCACUGAAAUUGAUUGCAACGAUAGAGGAGAAUGGAGCGGCAUAGUCCCAACUUGUGAAGAGAUUAAAUGCUAUGUCCCAAACAUAGUUCAUGGUUUUGUGACUGGGUCUCAGGAAGAAUUCAAGGAAAAUGAUAUUCUGAGGUAUGGCUGUUCUAAAAAUUACACGCCUUUUUCAAGAUCCUCUCGAUGCACUAAAAUAGGCAACAAAGCCACCUGGAGUCCACCACCAGAGUGUGAAGAGAGAACCUGUGCUCCCCCAGAUGAUACUCUUGUUAAGUAUGGCAGGUGGGAAAGAAGAUGGAGGACAGGAAGAUUUGAAGAAAAAAAGUAUUAUCAGUGCAUAUUUGGAUAUAAACCCACAAAUGGCGCAACUUUUGCGGAAUGCACAAAUGAUGGCACCUGGACCCCAAAUCCACUCUGUCAAAAGAUAACCUGUGCUGCCCCUCAUGAUAAUCUUGUGAGUCACACCAGCCUGACAAGAUGGAGGACAGGAAAAUUGAAUGACCAAAAUGAUUACCAGUGUAAGCCUGGAUAUAAACCCACAAAAGACGUGACUUUUGCGAAAUGCACAAUUAAUGGCACCUGGACCCCAACUCCACUCUGUGAAGGUGCAGUAUUUUGAAGAAAGACAUGUUUUAAUUUCACUGUAAUUAAAUUCCAUUACACUCCAUGCUUGGACAUAUUUCCGUAAUUCCCCAUUUAUAAUCCACACCAUGUAUAAACCGCAUACAUUUUAUAGCUUUGUGUGUAUACAAACCUGAGUAUUAACUGCACCCAUAUAUAAGAAUUGACCUCUCGCAAAACCCCUCCCUCAAAUGUCACCUAACGAUAACGUUAUAGUUAUUUGUGCAAAUGUGAUUAUUUGUGCUAUGAUUUACGUGCUUCUACAACAUUAGAUAGAUAGCUAGCUACCUAUAAUAUUCACUUGUUAUGUUGGGGCACUCAUAGGCUUAACUUCAACAGAUGACUUUCUGCUGAAGUUGAUAGGAUGAUGUUGACUGAUAAGAGUUUAAUAAUAGCUUUAUAAACAGAACUUACCUGGCAGUGCAAGAGCGUGACUGGACCACAAUGCUUUGCUGGUCGCAUUUCAGUUCAUGGGGUUUCUUAUUCUUUGAUAGAGAUCUGUAUGCUUGUUUCAGUAAUUAUGUCCAUGUCUUUGUUUAUUUGUAUAUUGAAAACAUAUCCUUUCACUCACUAGUGUAGCAUGGUGGUGCCAGGCCGAGGUGCAAGCUGUCCGUACAGGUGUAAGCUGUCCCUAUUCACCAUGCCACUUACUAGGCCCCUGACAAUUAAAUGGCUUUUGUGUA